AUGCCAGCUCCACCAAAACUGGAAGCACUAGCUUGUGAAAAUCCACCUCCAAAUCCACUACCCCAGCCAGGGUGGCCACCAUAUCCGGAAGAUCCCGAAUUGGCAGAUGCAGAAGAACCGGCAAAUCCCGCUCCCCCUCCCCCUCCGGCACCACCGGCCCCUACACCGCCACUAAAAGAGCCUGCUGAUGCUGUGCUUCCAGCCCCUCCGAAACCAGCACCUCCAGGUCUGUAUCCAGCACCUCCAGGUCUGUAUCCCCCACCUCCUCCUGCUCCUCCACUUACUGAUCCUGCAUUUGCUGAUGCUCCUGAUCCUCCAAAUCCUGCUCCACCUCCUCCAACUCCUCCACCCGCUCCACCACUGACAGAUCCUGCAUUAGCUGAUGCUCCUGAUCCUCCGAAUCCUGCUCCACCUCCUACAACUCCUCCACCCGCUCCACCACUGACAGAUCCUGCGUUAGCUGAAGCUCCUGAUCCUCCAAAUCCUGCGCCCCCUCCUCCAACUCCACCGCCUGCUCCUCCACUGACAGAUCCUGCGUUGGCUGAAGCUCCUGAUCCUCCAAAUCCUGCGCCACCACCUCCAACUCCUCCACCUGCUCCUCCACUUGCUGAUCCUGCAUUUGCUGAUGCUCCUGAUCCUCCAAAUCCUGCUCCCCCUCCUCCAACUCCUCCACCCGCUCCGCCACUGACAGAUCCUGCGUUGGCUGAAGCUCCUGAUCCUCCAAAUCCUGCUCCCCCUCCUCCAACUCCUCCACCUGCUCCACCGCUGACAGAUCCUGCAUUUGCUGAAGCUCCUGAUCCUCCAAAUCCUGCUCCACCACCGCCUACUCCACCACCUGCUCCGCCACUAACAGAUUCUGCGUUGGCUGAUGCUCCUGAUCCUCCGAAUCCUCCACCAUACCACCAUGGAAAUCCUCCCCCGCCUCCUCCAGCUCCAACAGAGCCUGACCCGGCACUGGCUGUUGAUCCUGCAGCCCCUCCACCUGCGCCACCAGCUCCUCCACCUACUGCCCCGGCUCCGGCAGUCGCUGAUGCAGUGGAUCCUGAGCCUCCGGCCCCGCCAUAUCCAGGCCAACCACCGCCGAAGCCACCUCCGAAGUUAGCCGAAAGGCUGAAGGAGUUGCUUGCCCCGAAUCCGAAUCCUGGACCUAAAAUCAUUUUAUUUUAUUAA